AUGACCACCUCUCAGAAGCACCAGAGCUUCAUCUCUGAGCCGAUGGGCGAAAAGCCCAGCACCGACCUGGCUGGCAUCGGCGAGGUGCUCGGCAAGCGGCUCGCCGCCAAGGGCUACGAUAAGGCUUACGUUGUCCUCGGUCAGUACCUGGUGCUGAAGAAGGACGAAGAGCUCUUUGUGGAGUGGUNCUAA